AGUAUUGCCAGUGUAUCCCACAACAUCAUGAAUGUGCAGGGGUGGGCCUAAUGAUAUCAACUUCAUGAGGCAGUGUCUGACUGCCUGUCAGACUCAUCAGAUACUUGGACAAAAUAAAAAAAAAAAAGUUUUACAACUGCAACCCACCCAUGAUGACUUGCGUGUACUACAGCAGCCAACCAAAGAUGAUAUUGCAUCAACGCAAUGACAAACCAAGGUCUCGAGGACUACUGUUGGAAUCUGCCUGGACUGGUUUGGAUGGAUAGCAGCAGGGCUGUGUAGCACAACUUCUGCAGAGCACAGUAGAUGCAGAGGGACAGACAGACACCACACCCACCCAUGCUCAUAGGAUGAGGAUAUUUACUUUCUCUUCAUCAACCUCAAGCAGUUGUGUUGAUCCCUUACCAUGAUUAUUAAUCAGAUGAAUUUGCAAAACAGUGGCAAACGUAGUUCUCAGAGAAGAGUUCAUAAUGGGCAAUAAUUAUUUAAGAUCUGCAUAAAGGUUGUACCCCACACAACAGAUAUUCAUUUCUGAUUCUCAGAUAUGAUACAUAAGAUGGCAAACCAUAAAAAGAUCGACUCUCCUUACUGUACUUCAUUUUGACAGUUGUGUUGUCAUGGAACAAUACUCACUGAAGCCUGACAGAACAUGGAAACAUCAAGCAAAACCCCCUGUAUCACUAUGGAGGAGACACAAGUGUCUUGUGUUUACUUUUAUCAUUGUUGCAGUACUUGGCUCAUCAGUUUAUAUAUUCUUCAGAAUGAACAAUGACUGUAUCAUGUGUCCUAUUUUUUUGGUAAAAUAUGUUCCGUCUUCCCUGGCAAAGGCAGUGAACAGUCCAGAAUCUGUGGAAAGGCCUCUCCUUAAGGGUAUGUGGACAAUACAUCCUGAUGGACGUCUAGGUAAUCAAAUGGGUCAGUACGCAACCCUAUAUGCUUUGGCAAAACAAAAUGGGUAUCAGGCUUAUAUGCUACCUGAAAUGAAAAACUACUUGGCACCCCUUUUUAAAGUGUCCAUGCCAGUGCUCAGCAAUGAUAAAAUAUCGGCCACUCCUUGGACGCAAUAUGAUCUCCAUGACUGGAUGUCUGAGGAAUACAAUCAUAUUCAGAGAGAUCAUAUUAAACUAAAAGGAUUUCCCUGCUCAUGGACUUUUUUUCAUCAUAUACGAGAUGAGAUUCUAAAGGAAUUCACUUUUCAUGAUUCAUACAAAAUUCAGGCCAUUUCCUAUCUGCAGGAUAUUACAAAAGGGAAAAAGAAUGUAACUUUUGUUGGUGUUCAUGUAAGAAGGGGAGACUAUGUUAAUGUGAUGCCUCAACACUGGAGAGGAGUUAUUGGUGACAAAGCCUACUUUGAAAAGGCCAUGGAUUACUUCAGAAAGAAAUAUAGGAAUGUUGUAUUUGUAGUUACAAGUAAUGGAAUGGACUGGUGCAGAGAAAAUCUUGAUAAUUCGAGAGGAGAUCUUUUCUUUAUAGGUGAUGGUAAUGAGUCGAGCCCCGGCAGGGAUCUUUCCAUUCUUGUUCACUGUAACCACACUAUUAUGUCCAUUGGCACAUUUGGGUUUUGGGCAUCAUACUUAACAGGAGGAGAGGCAAUUUAUCUCACUAACUUCACACUGCAAGAAUCAAAUUUUCUGAAAAUCUUCAAGUAUGACGCUGCUUUCCUUCCAGAAUGGCAUGGAAUUGCAGCUGACUUGUCUCCUUUGCUGUAAAUCUUUCAGAAGAGAUAGGCUGUGAUCAGGACUCAUAGGGCAUUUAAGAUUUUAGACAGUGCUGUGUAAUGUAUGAUCAUAAUUUUUUAAAUGUUAUAUCAGUUGCGUCUGUAUUAAAAGAAUGAUUAUAUGGGCCACACUUCAUCUAUGUUUGUAUAAGUAUGGCCAUAUGUCGAUACUUUGCUUUUUUAAGCAUGUAUGACCCAUCCAAGCAAUGUUAUUCAUGAGGUUAAUGGUUAUAAGUCUCUUACAUAACAACUUAUAUGGAGAUGAGAUCUUGAAAACAUGUAAGGUGAGAAUAGGAAAUAGCUUAGUGUCUGGCCAACAGAAUUGUUAUGAAGGUAUGAAUUGAAUCAGACAGAAAAACUACUAAAUUAAUAAUAUGAUACUGACAAAAUAACUUCGCUUACAUCCCAGGCACUUCAAUGGUAAUUCCUAGAAAGUUAAUAUAUUACCAAAUAUUUGUCCAGACAGGCAAACAGAAAAGUACCAUGCAUAAAAAAAAAUUGCCAGCCAAGGGAGGUAAAGCCACAAGAACAUCAAUUUAAUAAGCACUUUCAUUCCAAACAUAAAACAACAGGAACUUUAUCAGAAUAAAUAUAUAUUUACUUUAAAUUGUAAUGUGAAUGACCAAUGCAAAGUAGAAAAUAAGCCAUCACAGUUUAGACAUCAAGGUCAAAAUUACAUAACAAGCAAAAGCAAUGUGACAGCACAGUAGGAAAACAAACUGAACUUUUAUGGCGAAUCAAAACUGCUCUAAUAUAGACUGCUGUAUUACACUCUGCUUGGCUUAACCACAUAACAGUAUUUAGUUUCUGCUCUAUGGUAAAAAAGAAUGGAGUCGGGAAUGCAACACUAUUAACCUGGGUAUGAGUGGCAGGUUGGGGGUUGAUAGGGGUAGCUGGGGAGGCAAUAAAGUAAAUAGCAAAUGCUGCCUUGUCCAUGUCAGGUAGAGAAUUGUAAAGAAACUCCCACACUAGUAGUGAUUCAUGAUGGAGGCUAUAGGAAUGAGGCUCCAAACUUUAAGGGAUUCUAGGGCAGCAUGUACUAACAAUAUAAAUGUCAAAGCACACAUGUAGAAUGCAUGAAAAGCCCACAGCAGGUUUUGCAUACUGUAGUCUGAAAUAGAGAGUGAAUGGUAUAAUGCAUUUGGUGAAAAAAAAAAAACUCAUCAGUAUCAAUAUAUCGAUAUACAAAGGGCAACUGACAACCAACUCCUACUUCCUACUGAAUACAAAACAAAUGUCAGUGAUAAUGUAUUCUUCUCCUAGGAAAGGGACACAUCUUCUGUAGUAUAAUGCAAUGUACUGUUUGUUGUUGGAUGGCUGAACAUUGCUGUGUACUAGGGGGACUUGAUGAUUUGACUGAUAUUGGUCAAACAUGGCUAUAUUCCUAUGUCUAUGUCUAGGCUAUUAAGUCUUCCCAAGCUCAAAACAACAAAAAUGGAUGCCAAAUUUGCACAUAUAGAUGAACAACUAGUAAGACCUCAUGUGUCAUUGACUUGUUUUUUCUGAUAACAAGUCUGACUUCUCUACACUACAUAAUCAAGUUGAUGAAUUUUUAAACUAUAUAUAUAUAUAUAUAUAUAUAUAUAUAUAUAUAUAUAUAUAUAUAUAUAUAUAUAUAUAUAUAUAUAUAUAUAGUGUAGUACUUGAUAUUUCUUAGCAGCAGGAUUUUCCAAUCCUCAAUUCCAUUUUUACUCUUUGGGAUUCAUGUACACUGGCUGUUUGCACCUUAUAAGCAUUUACCUGCAAGUUCACAUUUCUCUGUUGCAAUGUUAGUCAUCCACAAGCGAGGAGUUGUUCUUUCCAGGCUCAUAGCUGAAAGUAAGGCAUAUACCAGAAAACAUCAGUAUGAAGAAUAUGCAAAUUCUGUGCUUCAGAUUUUCUAAUUCCUCACAUCAUUGCAAAAUUCAGGUCUUCAUUUUAAAGCACUCUUAAAAGUAUAUUCUACCUGUUUAUUAUAUUUACAUUCUAGCACUGUUGAUCUCUUAAGCACUGACAAUAACUGCAUUUAUUUCGUAGUCUUUCCAACAGUAUUUAAGUAUUUCCUUCUCACCACACCUUUGUGACUUGAUCAUUUUCCUUUGUCAUGAAAACUACCUACCAUGGUGCUAUAAACCAGUGGAGCUGCAAAGUUAAUGUGGAAAACACACAUACGCUUUAUUUUCAAAUUUUGCCAGAUUUCCAAUAUAUUCUGCAACUGAUUUUUAUUGAAUAUUUAACAUAAAUGUAAUCAAGUUAUGAAAAUGUGAGUGACAUUCAGUGAACAAUGUUUACAAAAAUUUCAAAAUGUUUAGUAUCAUUUGAUGUAACUAAAUGUAAUGUUUCUGAAGCAGGAGACGUCUGAAGGACCAUCUUCCAAACGUACCAUUAAAAUAAGCCUGUGCUGUGAAUAUUAGCUGCAAUGUAGCAAUAGUUAUUAAUUCAUUUCAUCCUGAGCAGCAGGAGCCUAAUUAAUACCUUUGCUUCCUGAAAUCUUUCAAGCUAGGAAAUUACUUGCUUACUAUGAUGUUUUCUGAAAAUCAUGUAUUAAGGGUAUACCUCUUACGCUUUGCAAUAUCUCAUAAACAAUGCAUGUUAAAAAUACACAACAUAAAGUUAAAUGCAAAACA